CCCUUAUUCUUUUUGAAAUCAUACGCAUUACAAACUCAUCGCUCCUGGUCUCUUAGGAUCCGGCAAUACUCGUUGGUUUUUGGGUUUAGAGGAGCCAGUCGCAGCAGCAAUUUUCAUCGUUAUGGCUUCGUUUGGCUCUCUGAAAACUGAAAUCUUCGAUCGGGAAGCUCGAAAACAGCAAUACCAAGCUCAUGUCCGAGGUCUCAACGCCUACGAUCGGCACAAGAAGUUCCUGAAUGAUUACGUCAGAUUCUACGGGAAAGAAAGGUCCGACAAUGUCAACUUGCCUGUUAAGACGGAUCAGGACACUAUAAGAGAAGGUUACCGGUUUAUACGUAGUGAGGAAGAUGACAUGUAUACGUCCUGGGAGCAAAGGCUAGUGAAGCGUUAUUAUGACAAGCUUUUCAAGGAGUAUCCUUGGAUAAAAAGAUUAUACUGCAUAGCUGACAUGUCGUUGUACAAGAGUGGCAAGAUUGGUUUGAGAUGGAGAACUGAAAAGGAAGUCAUUUCUGGUAAAGGGCAGUUCAAAUGUGGUAGCAAACAUUGUAAUGAGGAAAAGGUCCUGGCGAGCUAUGAGGCAAGUAUUUCGAUGCUAAGCUGCUGUUUAUCAGUUCCGUGUGUACUUAUUUUGGCUGAAAUAUUGCAGGUGAACUUUUCUUAUUUUGAAGCUGGAGAAAAUAAGCAAGCGCUUGUGAAGUUGGUGGCAUGUGAAAAGUGUGCAGGGAAGCUUAAUUACAGAAACAGAAAAGAAAAAGAAAAACUGGAGAAGGAGAAAGAAGAGCAGAAAAGAAAGAGGGAACGAUACUGUAAUGACGACCAUUCAGGCAGCGACGACGAGGAUCGUAGCAAAGAGAAGAGGAGAAAAGGUAACAAGGCCUCUGCUUCAAGGAUCGACCAUGACGAUGAUGACAGCUUUAAUGAGUUCCUUGACGGAUUGUUUCUAUAGCCACCCUUGUGCAUGAUGCGUCCACAACGAAAACCUUGAUUUCAUAGGUGCUAAUUUCAUUGGAUUAGAGAACCCUCGUGAUGUGAGAAGUAAGGCUCUGGAAAGAAGCAACGCUAUAGAAAGAGUGUAAUAUUUCUAAUUUCGUUGGCCUAUGUAAAAUUCGCCGCCAAUGUUUUAUCAUUUAUGUAUCAUGGAUGGUAGAAGUAACAAACCCUCGGUGUUUUCUUAUAGACAAUUGCUGAUGCAGACUGCCGUGGCAAAGAAGCUAGGGUAAAUAAAUGCAAUAAAUUAUUAAGCAGUAGCCACAAUUAUGAAAAUACUAUUUAUUAGC